CCGGCGUGCCCCGCGAGCGACGCAGGCGCAGUCCCUCCGCCAGCGGGAAGCAGAGGCUCCUCCCCCUGGAUGGGCGGGGCUCCUCCUCAGGCUCCCAUCCCCGUUGCCGGCAUCGGGAGGAGGCGCCGCCGGUGCCGGAUGGUGGAACUGCGUCCUUGCCCCCCCCCUCGGACGGACGGACGGACCCCCCCCGCCGGCCCCAUGGACUCGGACCCCUGCUCCUCCCCCCCGCCCCCCGAGGCUUUUUCUCCGGGCUCCAAGGGACGGCGCACAGUGGAGGACUUCAACAAGUUUUGCACCUUCGUCUUGGCCUACGCCGGCUACAUCCCCUACCCGCCGCAAGAGGACCCUUCCGCGCAGAGCAUCCCCAGCCCCCCCAACAGCACCGGGGGGACCAUUGACAGUGAUAGUUGGGAGCCUCGCUUUGGCGAGAGCCCACCUGCCAUCUCCGUGCCGGGGAAGGAACGGAAGAGCUUCAGCCAGAUUCAGCAUGUGGAACCGUACGCCUCCCUCCACCCGUGGGCAAAGCCCAACAGUUUCCUGAUGGACAGGAAGAAGAGGAAGCUGAGGAGGAGGGAAGGGCCCACGCCUCCCCUGGAGGAGGAGGAGAAUGGUAGCAGGGAUCUGCGGGGAGGUGGGGCAUCCUAUCCGCAGGCCCCCGUGAGCCCCUCUUCGGAAGAGGACGCACAGUCUUCGACGGGGCAGUGCUCGGUGUCGGACUCGGACUCUCUCUCCAGUGCCUCGUGCCCACCUACGGUGCAGGGCCUGGUCCGGACGGUGGGCAAGCGCACCAUCAUCCGGCAGGGGAAGCAGGUGGUGUUCCGUGAUGAGGACGGCAGUGGAAACGACGAGGACAUCAUGGUGGAUUCAGAUGAUGAUUCCUGGGACCUCGUGACCUGUUUCUGCAUGAAACCCUUUGCCGGGCGCCCCAUGAUUCAGUGCAACGAGUGCCACACCUGGAUCCACCUCUCCUGCGCAAAAAUCCGCAAGUCCAACGUCCCCGAGAUCUACAUCUGCCAGAAGUGCCGGGACUCCAAAUUUGACAUCCGGCGCUCCAGCCGUUCUCGGAUGGGCUCACAUCGGCGCUUCCUGGAGUAGUGGGUGGGAUCUUCUCCAAGCGCGUCUCACACAAAUGAAUUUGCCAUGUGAAACAUGAGACUCCAGCUGGCAGGCAGAAGUAGGACAACAACCAGGGAGUGCAUCCUCUGUGUUGGGGGGGGGUGAUCUCGAGGCAUCCAUUGUACUCAAGAGCCUAAAUCACUGCUGGAGAAAGACCUGAUUCCAUGCCCCAAAGUGAGCUAGGAAAGGCACAUUUCCCUUGUCCCAUCUUGAAAGUAUGGCAGGAUUAGCUGGGUGCUGAGUGACUCCACAUUCAGGGAUGGGUUGCAGCAGUGUGAGAAUUGGGGGCGUUGGCAGCUCUUGCCUUUCCAUUAUGGCGUAACUGCAGGUCUGGAUGUCAAGAAAAGGGUAACCUUCCCCAUCCAGCGGCAUGUGGGCACCAGGACAGCCAAUCCCUUGUACUCCCAAAGGGGGCAGCCCAUUGCUGCUCCUCCAGAAUCACUCUUGAGGAGCUGGGACGUUCACUGAUGAAGCCAUCCCCUUGUAUGGGCAGGGAUUGGAGGACCAGCUGUCCUGUCCCAUUCCUUGGUGUGUCCUUUUCCUUCAGGUGAAUUUCUGGUCACGCUUGUCUCCCAUUCUGGUGGGGGGGGGGUCCUCCCCCUCCCUCAGUUCCAGAAUGGGCUUUCUUUGAGGUGGGCUGGUGCUGAUUUGGUUAUCAGGUAUUCGGAGAACGGGAAAGCUGCAAAACCCUUCUUUUGAGCCGAUGACGGAGUGGGGCAUGUGUCUCCACAGCUGGGCCUCCUCCCUGCAUCUGGAAUGAAGGGGGAGAGUGUCAGGCGAGCCAGGAAACGGGUAGUAAUCUGGGGCUUCAGCUCAGUGGGUUCUUGCCACUGGAGAGCUGAUGCUGCUUUGCUGUGACCAGGCUCUGGCAUGUUGCACAGAUCGGAAUCCUUGCUUUUGAGAUGAUUUUCCCACAUUGGUUUGAAAGCACAGCGAGGUGCGUAAUUGUGGUUUCGGUGGGGAAGAAAGGGUGGAACCGGCUCCGUGCAGCCGCAGCGAGGAGCAUACCGAGACAGGCCGCCUCUUGUCUUUUGGCCUGAAUCUCAGCAUAGUUGGGUAUUCCCUUUGGACAUUCACUGUGGGACUGCACAGGUUGUGGUCAAGUGGACUUGGUAAACACCUUGUAAAUCACCCACCAGUAGGUUUGGUAGGGUCACCGUACUGUAUUCUUCUGCCAUGACCUUAAGUCGUCACCCAUUUACCAAAGGCCUAUAUGGAACACUUGAUUCUCCAAUGCAGCAAAACUGAUUCUGGCUUGAUGGUCUGGUUCCCUUUGGACCCAGGCAUUUGUCAGCGAUGGUUUUGCUGCAUCAUGGCCCCCGGCUGACACUGUGUUCACUCUCUGGGGCUAAAGCCCUUGGAAAGGAAAUGUCUUGGCAGUGUGAACCCCUAUCCUGUCUUUAAAAAAAAUGCCUGCAGAUCUAGACUGGCUAAGCAACAGGUUUCCAAUGUAUUUUGGGAUUCAGUCGUUGUUAUCUCUUUUACACCAGGUGGUGUCUUGAUUGGAUUUUCAGCAGAAGAUCUGCAUGUAUGAGAGCUCAUCUAUGUGCAAUCUCAGUUUGAGAGCUUUACUUUUUCUAAAUUAAAAUUAUUUGUAUUAUGGCAUGAGGCUUCAUAUCUAGAAAAAGAAAUCUGUAAUCUGUGGAUGGCCAACCUAUUUCCCCAGCUCAGUAGAAACUGAGGCAAAGCCAUUCAGUGGGAUGGGGCGGUGAGGAGUGAAAGCUGGACAUGCAUUAUGGCCCUCCCAACAGUGGCAUACGUGGGGGAUGAUUUAUGAACUAACAGCCAAAAACACACUUUUCUUUCUUGGAAAGAAGGUCCCAAUCCUUAGCAUCUUUAGCGGGGGCUGGGAGUUACCCUGUCUGGAGAGCCCAGUCAGUGUAGACAAUACUGAGCUACAUGGACCGAUGGUCUGUGCGACACAGACGGCAGCUUCCCAUGUUCCUUUCUGCGUUUGGAGGAGCAAUUCCAUCAGUGUCAACACUAUGACAUUUUCAUUAAGUAGAUCCCGUUUUGCAUUACUAUUGGGAGGCCCCGUUGCUGACUGGGUGGACCUUUGCAUGCAGAAUACCAGUGGCAAACGGGUUGUUGAUCUGAUCCAGCAGGUGGGCUCUGAGGUGCUCAAGGUCCGAGCUUUGACUCUUCAGCAUCUGCCGCUAAAAGCAACGUGCUGGGAGAGACUUCUGCCUACCAGAGCUGCGACCAAUGCUGACCAAAGGUGCCCCACCUGCCUGACAAUAGAAGGUACCUUUGUAAAGCCAGAGAGAGGGAUAUUGGAUGAGUGGCAGGAACAGCCAGUGGGAAAUCCCCCCCCCCCGUUUCCAAACAAUGUAAUAUUCCUGCUUGAUUUUAAUGUGAUUACAGGCAGAGGCAUUAAACAGGCUGUGUGUUAGGAAGGGGGCAGUAGCCCCUGAUCAAAUCUCCUUUCAGCCCAGAAUUUCUCUCUCACACACACACAUCCUUGCCAAUCUGCAAUAGUACUGUCCUACCUGAGGGGGCUGUUGUAAAGAUAACCGAGAAUAUGGUAUUGUGAAUGGCCCCUGAAUCUGCUUGCAUGAACAGAGUGCUUUGCAUGGGCCACCACGGCAAGCCCCAACUCAUAGAAUAGUAGAGUUGGAAGGGGCCUAUAAGGCCAUCGAGUCCAACCCCCUGCUCAAUGCAGGAAUCCAAACUCUUGGGGUUUCUGCAGAUAAUUAUUUGCGGCAAAAACCACCACCACCCCACGCUCUGAAGGGCAGGACUUGCCUUGGCUCAGGAAGCUCCAGUGAAGGGGCUUGGGAGGAGCAGUGGGGCAGAGAGCUCAUCCCCUUCACCCCAGGGCAAAGGCAACAGCCCCAUGGCUGCCAUCUUUUCUGAGGGUCAUGCCUAAAUCAAGGGGAACGGGAGAAUUUACAGGCAGCAGCCUGAAUAGACCUGAAAGGAAAAUCCCCUGAAGGGUCGCAAUCAAGGACACUAAAGGGGCAUGAAAGAAAUAGGGCAGAGCUGCCCAGAGCAGCCUUCCCCAACCUCGUCCUCUCCUGUGGCUGCUGGACUCCAAGCCUUGGGGACGAUGUUGCUGAGAGCUGGAAGCGUCCAGCAGGAUCUGGGAAGCCAUCCCUGCCAUAAGAACAAACCUGUAUGGCAUUGCCCCAUCCUACAGGGGCAACAUUCACGCGGAACCCAGAAGAGGGCUGUGUGCAACUCUCACCUUUCCCCCUACCUCAAUGCCAGUGCAAGAGUUGCAACCAGGACACCUUUAUUUCCUGCCUGCAGCUCCUCCAGAUGCAGGCAAGGAGGGAGCUCCCUCCUGUUGCAGCGCAUGCCCUUUUUGCUCACAGGCCGUGGAGGCUGGGCUAUUAGGACAAAGGGGGCUCUGCCCCAUGGCCCUCAGCCGGCUCGCCCACCAUACCUCGGACCACGCCAGGGGGUGGACCUGCCUGCCAGUUUCCUCCUCCUCAGACUCUGGGCUGCACUGGGCAGGGAGGAUGGCAACAAGUCUAGAAUGAGUUGGCUCUGGCUCCAACAACCAUUUCGGGGCUGCCUGCCUUCUGGCCCACCGGCCACCAGCCAGCACCGCUCACAGUGUGAGCCUGAUCGAGGCAUUCAUAUAUAUUUGCACCAUUCUGGGGCUGGGAGAUGCCAGGAUCUGGACCCCCCCCCCGGCUGUGACUGCCUGGUACUUAUGAAUACCUCUGAGGGGAAAUGCUGUUGAGCCCCAAACGAUGAGGAGUCCAAGCUGGGUUUUUAUUGCCAAGUAGGUGCACAUGUGUGAGCAAAGGGAGUUGGGCACCGUGAAAAAUGGCAGUUAGAAGUAUUUUGGCAUUACGGAGACUUGGACUAGGGCUGGGAGGGGAAUUUGGUGGCCUCAAAUGGGGUUGGAUGCAGCCAGCACUGGCCAGGGAAUUGGAGUCCAGGGACAUCUGGAGGGUCUCCAUUACUUCGGGUCUCUUAACUGGUUUUGUUUUUCUUGGUAGAUGACAAUGCUUUACAACCACUGUGGCCUCUUUUGCCUUUCAGAUCUAGCAGAUGGAUUAUAAUGGGGGAAGCACUCCCACUGUUGCAUCUCUGACAAAAUUAAGAAGCCCCCCUCUACACACACACACGCAUGCUGCCUUGGGGGAGGUUCUAGUAAUAGCCAGAGAAAGGAUUAUUCCAGGGUCUGCUCAAAACCUCUUGAGAGACUGUAGCCCCCGAGUUUCUCUGCAGACGGCUUCAGGUCCUUCUUCUCCAAGAAACGGUUAUUGCCCCAACACCAGGUAACUGGGUGGGAUGAAUUUUCCUGGCUUAGCAGGAGGAAAGGGGGUGUCAUUAUUACUUCCUUCCAACAAGCCUUUCAAGUAGAGACCUUAUCCCAGCCUGCGCCUGUGUUGGAAUUGCUUUUUGAAAGCUUUUUUAAAGAAACGAUGUUUUGUUUUAAGAUGUUUUUAAAGAUGUUUGUUUUAAUAUAUUUUAAAGUCUGUUUUUAUGAUGUUUUAAAGUGUUUUUAGUGCUUUUGUUUGCCACCCUGGGCUCCUACUGGGA